AUGCGCUCCAGCAUAGCCUGCUCGCGGUGCCGCCGGAGCAAGAUCAAAUGCGUCAAUGCCGGCAUCGACACCACCUGUCGCGCCUGCGAAGCCUCUGGUAGAGAGUGCGUCUAUCCUGCUCCUGCCGCCGGUGGAGGCGCCGCCAAACGCGACAUCGCCGCCACGCUCGACGGCGACGAUCGAAAUGCCGCCGACUGGGACAAUCCGAAGAGACAACGGUCGAGGAAGGCCAUGGCCGCCGCCGCUGCUGCCGCCAAGGACGGUGCGAAAGGUCUGCUGGAUGUCCUCGACUCGUCCGUCUUGUCCCCUAAAGUCUGGGAGGCCCUCUCCAAGUCCUUCCAGACGCAGUUCGCAACCAUUCUGCCCUUCAUUGACUCCACCACACUGAAGAACCAGGCCGGUCAGUUCUCUGCGUCCCAGGCAAAUAACAACCCACAGAGUCCCCCUCCGCGAUCUCAAUUGUCGCCCUUGAUUUUGCUCGGUGUCUUGACCUUAACUGCGCGUUUUCAUCCUCAGCUAGUAGUCCAUCAUGCUCCAGCCUCCGCAGGUAACCCUUCCAAUCCUUCCGCGGCAUCCGAGUUUUAUGCCUCUGCACUACGCGCCCGUCUCAAUGGGCCUGAUGGCUUGGGUCUCGUUACCCCAGAUCUAGUCCAUGUACAGGCACUGUUGAUGCUGGCUCUGCAUGAAUGGGGCAUGUGUCGCGGCAAGAGUGCCUGGCUUUAUGUCGGUAUUGCAAUCCGCCUUGCUCAGGCCAUGGGUUUGUCAUAUGAACUAGAAAACGACCCUUUUUCUGCUACUGCCUCCAGCCGGUUCUCAGCCAUGAAACUGGAAGCCGACCAUUACGGGAUAGUCCAACGUCAGAAAGAACAGCCAGAACAAAGCUCAGACGACGUUAUUAUUCAAGAGACCAAACGGAGGACCUUCUGGGCUUGUUUUAUCAUGGAUCGAUGUCUCAGCAGCGGCAAACACCGGCCUCGAAUGGUAAAAGUUCGGGAUCUAGACAUCCAGCUACCGAGUGAUGAUGCAUUUGCAUUUGGAGAACGCGUGCGCACGUCAAAAUUGUCCGACAGCCCAUCCCGGCGUGCCUCCAGCUUCGAUGGUCCUGGCGUGCAGAUUCCAAGCCUGCGGCAGAGUAUGCCUUACGGCGAGGAGAACCUGCGUAAUGGCUCGACAGACUCGAAAGGCUGGUCACCAGUAGCUAAACGCAUUGAUUCAGUGAUGGAUCAUGAUAUUGACCGCUGGGAAGUGGGCGCGCAGGAGUCUCUUUUGAGUCGUGUCAUUCGGGUCAUCCGAAUUUGGGGCAGUAUCGCCAAAUGGGCAUGCGCUGGAGGUAGACGGAAUGAGUCAUACGGUCCAUGGCAACCCGAGUCAAGCUUUGCGAAGCUGAGAGUAAAACUUGCAGAAUUUCAGGAAAACCUACCCAGAAAACUCCAAUACUCGCAGCGAAGCACGGACGGACACAGUCAGAAUGAGCACUCUCUGUCAGCCUACAUGGUCAUGCAUGUAGUCUAUUUCCUGUCACUGAUCGUUUUGCAUCGCGCAUAUUUGCCCUUCCUGCCUCUGCGCUGCAGUGAGCCCGUCGGUCCCCUGGACGAGCCCGCGUUCCCCCGGGAGCAGUACGCCGUGCCGGACGGCUUCUGGCGCGACAGCACCAGGGAGCUCUUCCGAGCUGCCAGGAGCAUGAUGGAUCUAGUGAUAGCUUGCCAAGAAAGAGGCGUUCUCGUCGAGACCCCACUCGUUGGAUUCGCCAUCUACAAUGCAGCUUUCGUAGGACUCUAUGCAGCACAUUUCAGUUACAUGGAUGUCGAUGGCUAUCUAUCCUCUAGACAAUUAUUGUCGCCUCCGUCGACGGGCAGUGGAAUCAGCCAGCCGCAGCUGCAAACGCGGAAAUCGCUUGACAUAUUACGUGACAUGCGGCUGCGCUUGGGCCUUGCAACUGGCUGGUUCCGCACGCUAAAUCGACUGCAUAGCUAUUUUGUGAAGGUCAAAAAGGAUUACAAAUAUCGCUCGCGCAGCACUGACAGUGCCGAUGGUCUCAUAGUCUUGCGGCCGGUGCGAGAGGUCGGUCCUAGCGGGGGGUUGGAUGAGUUCAAACUUCUGGAAAAGGUAUUCCUCGAAUUCGGAAAUGUCGAUGAUCAGAUACCAGAAGCAGGCCUGGACGAAGACGGCGUUGGAACGGUGACAGCACUUUCAGAUCGGGGAGGGCUUUCUCUGAGCGAAACCGCCAGUAACGCCGUCAAGAGCGAGUCAGGCGAUUCGAUGAUGGACGGCAUUAUGCAGCAAAAACGUGAUCCCUGGGUGCCAGUCAACAGCUCCAAAAAUCUCCCGCCUCCACCACCUCUUACUCCCUCGACUUCUGAAGCAGACCUCCCAAGAUCAGAGAUGGAUCGUCGGCCCAGUCUUCCUCUACCAUCUCGACCGCUACCGCCAAGUCAAUCAUCUACUUCCCAGUAUUCCUUCCCAUCGAUACAACAGCACCACAAUUCGAUCUCUGCCUCAACCGCCUCACCCAGUCUACCUCCCUUAACCGCAGCAGUAUCGGGCAACCAACAGCCAUCGUCGUCUCAAUACGCCGCAAAUCCCACCCACCGAUUACAGCCAAUCAAUUCAUGGGUAUCUCAUCAACAGGGGCAUCCGCCACCUCCUUAUUCACAGUCCUUACCGCCCAUCAACGCCACCCCUAGCGCAAACACUACUACCCUUCUAUCCUACCCACCACCAAUGCUCCCACUACCAGGUGCAGCUCUGGGCCCAAACCCAGGUUCUGCUCCUGGUCCCGGCUAUGCUCCAACCCCAACAUCCAUGACAGACUACUCCUAUCCGGUAUUAUGGUCUACCAGUCUCGGCGGCGACGACGUGGUUGCAUUUCUCGCCGACGGCAGUUUUGAGCAAGGUCAGCCCAUUCCAAGCUCCGAGGUCGGUUAUUCGACUGGAUGGCUGAGUGCGGUUUGGAACGAGCUUCCCUCCUAA